AUGGAUAGACAGCACCGGUGGAAAGAGAUCAUCUCAUGGGGUAGGGAUGAGGAGACCGUCAAAUUCUGGACCCUUUCCUCGUGGAAGUUCGACGCAGAGAGGACUGUGGGCUCGCGAAAGGACAAACUGACCAUCGUCAAUCUACCUGUUUAUGCAAUGGCAGGUGUGAUAAGAGGUCUCAUAGAGAAGCUUCCCCUGUCUUUGGCCAUCGCACCGGUAGUUUUCGCAGCCGUUAACGUACUGUUUAUGACACACGGCGAGGGACUGUUAAGACAGGUGACAGCCGCCCAACUCAUAGAGGGCUAUCCGUUCAGGAUAUUAGACACCAUCGAUGUGGUGACCAAACCGUUGGCCUGGUUUGGCAUCAAACUGCCCGACACAGGAAUGCCUCAAAACAAGUUCGGACUCCUACACGUCAAGAACUUCACCAAAGGUGGUCCCUAUGAGGUGUAUACGGGACAGGGAGGCACCAAGUUUCUCAAGUUUGUCACUUAUAAAGAUAAAAGGACACUGGACUUUUACAAAGACCCGAAAUGCAAUCUACUGAAUGGGACGGACGGCACAAGUAUGGGCUCAUUCCUCACCAAAGACGAUGUCCUCUACGUAUUCAAUGGGGACGCCUGCAGAUCCAUUUACGCCAGAUAUAAGGGCCCGUCGAGUGUGAAGGGUAUCCCCGCCUGGCGUUUCGUACUGCCGGCCGAUCUGUUCGCCUCACCCAAGAAAAACCCGGCCAACCGGUGCUUCUGUACGACCCCUAAGGACCCGGAUAUGUGCGACGGUAUCUUCGAUGUGGGCCCGUGUCAGUCGGGCGCACCCCUCGCCUACUCCUUCCCCCAUCUCAUGCACGCCGGGCCUAAGGUCAGGGCCAACGUGGAGGGCAUGCGUCCCGACCCCGACAAACACGAGACCUUUUUCGAUGUCGAACCGGUCUCGUGUUUGUCGGGGUCGGGACGCAUGCCCUCCACGCCCGGCGUGCAUGAGAUGGGGGAAGGAGUAGGCGAGGGGUGCGCCCGACUGACACGGGCCCACAUCGAAGAUACCGUCGCACAUAUCCGGAAGCACCGGUUGGCCGGGUUUUUCUUGGGUGAGGCGAACAGAUCGGCCGGCAGUACGAAACGCCAGGCGGGGAUACCCUUCACACUCGACGGGCCCUUAUAUCUGGCGUAUGGCAGACACUCACCUGCAGGCGUCCCCAUUGAAUACGUAGAGGACAUCGUCUUUGGUGAGGAAUGA